AUGGAUUAUUCAACUGAAAAAGAGGGGCUCAAGCGCCGGAAGAUUAUGAGCACCGAGGUCUUCGAGACGCCCGAGCCGGAGGAGGCCUUCCAGCCCUACGCGCCUGCAAACGCAUCUGCGCGCCAGGCCCGCGCAGGUGUCGGCGCCGGGCCGGAGGUCGACGGUCAUUUCCACGACAAGAGCUCCAUGGAGCUGGACGAGCAGGAGCUGCCGGCCACGCAGGCCUUCGAGGUCUUCAUGGGCAAAGUCUACAAGCCCGCGUUGCCCAAGCAGACGGAGUACGAGUCCUCGGCAGGCAAAGGCAGCAGCAACAAGCCGACGCUCGAGUCCCCGUUGGCUCGCUUCACGCGGCUGUCGCUGGAGCUGAAGGAGCUGGAGGCGGACCUGACGCUGCUGGCGGCCGACGCCGAGCACAAGAAGCACAAGGUGAUGGUGGACGCCGGCCAGGAGGCCGAGUUCAACGAGGUCAUGCAGGGCCUCAACACGCUGCAGCUCAACCUGUCGGCUCUGGAGAAAAACGCAACCUUCCAGCCGUUCCUGCGCUCGGGCGGCAAUGCCGGCGUUGCGACGUCUAGCGCCGACGCGGCGCUGAGCCUGCAGAAAGAUCUGACGGCCAAGUUCUUCCAGCAAAUCGACUCGCUCAAGAGGAAGCAGCAGGGUCAGACGUCGUCGCCUUCGUCCUCUGAAGGCGCCCCUAUUGUGUAUGAGAUUUACAGCAAUGGAGAGCUGAAUGCUGUGGACAAGGACGCCAAGGCGCGAGUGGCGACGCUGGAAGCCAGGAUCUCGACGCUCGAGAGGGCGAUUGGAACUUAUCAGGGGCAGGAGUUGCGGCUGGAUGGUUUGAGCUCGCUGACAGGCGCGUCGAGCGCUGAUCUGACGUCGGCCGUGGCGCAGCUGGAGCAGCGAGUUGCGUUGAUGAGCGAGAAGAAUUUGGACGCGGUCAAGACGCGCACGACGGCGCUUGUUCACGAGUUUACGCUGCUCAGCAAGCUUAAACAGUCCUCGGGUGUGCAGGGUGCUUUGAACUCGCAGGCCGACCGUGAGCAAAUCCAGAAAAUUUACGACCAACUCAGCAGUCUCGAUGCGGUGGCGGCCUCGGUGCCUACUGUUGUGGACCGUCUCGUCACGCUCAAGUCAGUACACGACGAGGCGCUGAACGUCACAGACCGGGUGGGCAAGAUGGAGCAGACGCAGGCUUCAUUGACUGAGCUGCUCGAUUCGGAUGCUGCCUUGCUUGCCAAUGUAAGUAUCCUGGCAACGGGGAAGAUUUUUUUUACAUUCAUCUGCAACGACUAUAUUUUUCUUAAUGUAUUCACUAACUGA